GAGGAGGUGAAGCCUCGUUCUGGCUAAACAAAAGGAGGAAUAUGCGCUCCCUCGUCGGACUACUCGUCGUCGUCGCCGCGGCCAGCUUGUAUCUGUACUCCCUGUCCCUGUACCUCCCCGCCGGACCGCGGAGACGUCCUCCUCGGGGUGUCGACACUGAACAUGUGGAGAAGACGGAGUCCGAGCAGACUGACACUUCAGAGGAACCCAGCAGCUUGAAGUUCCCUUCAGACUUGGAGGAGCUGCGGGAACUGGCUGAGCUCUUGCAGUUUUACAAGACAGAGCACACUGGAUAUGUCCUCCUUCUCUUUUGUAGUGCAUAUCUCUACAAGCAGUCCUUCGCUAUUCCUGGAUCCUCGUUCCUGAACAUUCUUGCCGGAGCUAUAUUUGGACCAUAUCAAGGACUGCUGCUUGCCUGUGUGCUCACGACUGUGGGCUCUACCAUGUGCUACCUCCUGUCCCAAGCCUUUGGAAAACAUUACAUCGUGAACCUCUUCCCUGAUAAAGUCUCCACGCUACAGAGAAAGGUGGAGGAGAACCAGGACUGUUUGUUCUUCUUUCUGCUCUUCCUGAGAUUCUUUCCCAUGACUCCCAACUGGUUUCUGAAUAUGUCCGCCCCCAUCGCCAACAUCCCCAUCACCUUCUUCUUCUGCUCAGUCUUCAUCGGCCUCCUGCCGUACAACUUCAUCUGUGUCCAGACAGGCGUCAUGCUGUCUGAGGUGUCGUCACUGGAUGACUUGUUCUCGUGGGAGCGACUCCUGCAGCUGCUGGCCAUCGCCUGCAUGGCGCUGCUGCCCGGCGCCCUCAUCCGCCACUUCAGUCAAAAGCGUCUCAAACUGGAUGCUCGGCCACAGAACGGACUCAUCGCGGAUAAGAAAGUCCAGUGAUUUGUUCUGGGAGGUUGUUGAUGGGCAUCCGGAUGCCUUUAGCCCACUGUGGGUGACUUUCCAGAAAAGGUUUCUUCUGCCUGGAGUGUUUUUCUUUUCCAGAGUCACCUGGAGAUGUGAAGAGAUUCCCCCUUUUAGGAAUAUUCUAACUGACACAGCUGGAUUUGAAAAAAGGUAUUUAGUGCAACCACAUGUUUCUGCGCCACUACAUGUGAGCACAGCAUACACAGCGUAUGUAAAUAUGAAUGUACAGUAAUCAUACGGAGAGAAGGGAGGAUUUUAGGGAACAUGGCGCUCAUGUUGUACUUGAGGGAAACUGAUUCUGUGUUAACAGCCAUUGUUCAAAGUGCCUGUCAAGCAUUUCUCUGACUCAAACGUCUACCUCCAACAUGUGGGAAAAUUCCUGUAAACGUAAAAGGUACAGCCGUGCUUGUAGAGUCCUGAUGGUUCAGAUGAUUGUUUUGAUUUUGUAUAAAUAAUUUUAUUUGUAACUGAAGGACUGAUUAUAUUUGCAGCAGCGCUUUUGAACUUUGGUUCAACAAUCACAUUUCGCAAUUUUAGGCUGAAUUUUAAAACGGACAGCAGUAUUUACUGUUAUUCAGUUUUGACCUGAAACUUCUUUUUUUUUUUUUAAUUCAGUGUAAUGUAGAGACCAGAUCUGGCCUCUGGAAAAUCAAUUCUAUCUUCAAGUGUCAUUUCGAGGAACAAGACUUUUAUCUUGUCUGGAUAUUCCGUGAAUGUGUUCAGUUAUUUCAGGCAGUGUGAAGCUUUAAUAUCGCUGCAGAUUUCUUUUUUGUUGCCUGUUUUUAUGGCCCAUGUUUUAUCCGACAGUAUCCCCCAUCAUCAAGUGUUUACACUGCAUAAAGUGUUAUUUCAGAACUCUUUGUUUGUUUGGGUUUCAUCGGAGAGGCCAGUUCUUUUAAAUGUAACGCCAUUCACAUUAAUCAGACGAUAAUCUUGUGCAAGGUCACAAGCUGGAGCAGGAACAGCGUAGAAAAACGGUCGUAAAGCAGGAAUGCCAGCGCGCACAAGGGAUGUGUAGAGCAGUCAGACACGAUCACGUGUGUCAUAUGAGGCUUCACCAGACUCGAUCUUAUCAAUCAGCUGCUGUAAUCUGUAGUAGUGUGGCUUCAUUCCUCCUUUAUGACCGUAACUCGCUGUUUUUGCUGACAUUUGUACGUAUGUCAUGUAAAUGAUGCAGCGCCUUUGUUUUUGUCAGAGGUGUAAAAACUUUGAAAUAAUAAAACACAUGAAAAAGCUCUUUUUUUUUUUUUUUCAAAUAAUCUUUAUUGCUCAGAUCCAGGUUGCUCAGCAAUACAGUUCACUCACAACUCAAAACAACAGCAUGACUGUUACCAGAAAGGCAUGGAUCCAUGAGAUGUGUUUAAAAAAAUGGAUCGUAUGUCAGUCCAGCACACAGUCACCAAUUACCUUGAGGUGUUUGGGACCUUUUGGCCUGUGGGAAUUGUAGGACUUGAGGGUUGUGACCUACUGAGGAAACAAAAGGAAUCUCCCAAAUGGUGAAAUGCAGUUAAGAAAUGGAUCCAUGUAAAACCACUAUUCAAAAGUCUAGUGCUAUAUGAAGUGUAGUACAUACUGGAUCGCCUGCAUCAGUCUCAUGCAAUGCUUUGCAUUUUCUCAUUAAACAACAAGAUAGGACAAAAAACACUGCUGUGGUUCUGCAUACACCUGACCAAACUAAAUCCUUCAUCACCGUAUCCGUGUUUGCUGGAUGGUGUUGAAUACCUUCUGGUUUGUUCAGUCUCAAAGGCAGAACAAGUUUAAUCAGCUUUUUAUCUUCAGACCUGGCUACUCUGUCCACCCUUUCCACUUUGUCAAACUGGCAUAACUACUUUGCGUUUUUUUUCUCCAUUCCAACUCCCAAAUCUGUUCAAAAAUCCUAGCUAGGAUAUUUUCAACCACAAUUUAACAGCUAGUAUUAUUGGUAGUGAUCUAACAGGAAUGAAUAUUAAAGAAUCCCAGCUAUGCUCCAGACUACAUUAUUUAAUCAGUGUAAAUGACGAGAAAACCCGAUCAACAGAAAACAAAAUAAAAGCCUAAGCUAUUCAACCACUGUGUGAUAUGACUAACAACACUGUACACCCUCAGUGAUGUGUGUAAUUGUGGUUUUUCUGGUACUGAAAAUUAAUGCCUAGCAACACCCCACAAAACCUAGAAACACCAAUCCUCGGAAGUAAAAGAAAAGGUUACUAUCAUCUCUGCAGGUUUCGCCUCAGACUGCGGUCGGCGCUCAGAUGUCUCAACGAGCAGGAUGCUCUUGUCACAGCACCACAGUGAAAACCGACCCGGCUGGAGGGAAACCUGCGCUUAUAAAGAGCCAAAAACACAAGAGAGGCAGAGGUCUGUAGAGUCCUCUGCAAUGCAAGAAAAGAGCCUCAACUUCAAAAAAAAAAAAAAAAAAACUACUCCUGACAGUCAGACAAACCGUUAAGUGACAAACUACGAUUUCCAGUGCUACUGUGAUAAGCCGUUUUCUCCGAGACGUGACCUACUAAAGUGAAGCAGGACCACCACAGGAGUCAUGCGCUCGAUUAGAAGCACCGUACUGCAUUUGUAUGGGUAAGGUCAGGGUAAUUGAAUCAGGUCUGUUGAGCUAUUAUCAGUAUGAGGUACUGUACCGGCUGUGAAGAGGCGUGCUGAAAGCGCCUCAGGCAUUGUGUGAGUUUGAUAGACCUUGUUGUUGUUUUUUUUUUAAUUAUUUUAGCACUGCUAGUCUGUGUUCACUGGGACAAAAAAAAAAAAGAUCCACCUCAUCUGAUGACAAAAGUCUGCCCUUCCGAAAAAGUAAAACUCAGCUCUCGACAGUUAAAAGAACUCCAAAGACAAACGCUAAACUUUCACUAUAUCAUUCAUUUAUUUAAUUCCUUUGCCCUACAUUGAUUUUUUUUUUUUUUUUUAGUAACUAAAGUCAGCCUUGGAUUCAGAGAGGUAAUUCUGAAAUGUACAGC